UGGCACCAGAUGAAAAGGUCUGAGGUAUAAAAUAGUGGCCCACCCUGCUUGACCAAGUCUAGAUCAACCUUCAAAGAGUAUUCAUCUCAACGUCACAUCUCAAGUCGACCAAUCCUUCAGCCAACUCGAGCGAGAGAAUGGAGUUUUCCUCUGCUGACGGCGUCCCCACAGCUAUGAGAGUACGGCCGAGCGAUGAUGUGCCGGAUGGGGAUACCGGGUCUGGAAAUGAUGAGACCGUGGAUAUUGAUAUGGGCGAAGUCUUGAGGCCAGACCCGGCUGUUGAGGACUGUGUCGAUGAGAUACUGGAGGAUACUGGUGUAGGCUCUUCGGAUGGGUCAAUGGAGAACACGGAUGACCGCUCCAUGGAUAGCACAGAUUCGAGAGAGCGUCCGCAUGAGGAUGUACCAGAUGAGGACGCCGAGUCUGGAAAUGAUGCAGCCGAGGAUAUUGAUAUGGGCGAAGUCUUAAGGCCAGACCAGGCUGUUGACGGCGCUGUCGACGAGAUACCGGAGGAUACUGGUGCUGACUCUUCGGAUGGGGCAAUGGAGAACAAAGAUGACGGCUCUAUGGAUGGCACAGAGGAGUCGUCUACGAGUGCUUAGUGAUCUAAAUCGACCUUCCAGGAGCACCAUCCAACGAAUACCACAGUCUUUUGGUCAAUUACCC